AAGAAAAUCGUAUUCGCGUUGAUUUGGUUUAAUUAAUUAUCGAAAAUGCAAAUAUCGUGACAUGUUAAUUGAUCGCGAGAAAAAGUCACAGACCAAACAAUCAAUUGGAUUAAAAGAAAAGGAAUCAAAAUUAAUUGUAGAUUAAAUUGAGUCUCGGUAAAUUGUUAAUUGUGAUUAAUCUCGAUGCGCAUGAUUGUCAUACAAUUGAAUCUUCACUGAAAUAAUAACAUCAACCAGGGAAACAAUUGAAUCUCCCAUUUAAAUUGUGUAUUCGUCUCUUUGUUUAGCAAUUUAAAUUGUGUUUCAAUACGAUAAUCAGUUGAUCAACAAUUGUAAAUGUUUAAUUUCAAUUAACUGUUAAUCCUUUUGCAUUUGAUUUGAUCCAAUUUAAUCAUCAUUAUUAAAAGAGUGACAGAUAUAGUGAGAGAGAGAGAGAAAGAUCUACUCACUCAAAUACACAAAUCAAUUGAGAAUCAAUAAGAAAUAUUAUUAAUUAAACUGUUGACCAAUAAUUGAUUAAUUGCUGAUUAAUAAUGGCAAUUAAAAAAUGUCCCUCUCAUGGUUCACCAUUUAGUAAACAUUUAAUUGGUUACCUGUUCAUCUCAAUUGUAGGACUACAAUUGUCAUCAGCAGGUAAUUUGAUUGAUGAAGAUGAUAAUCAAACUAAUCAAAUCUCAUCAAUUGAAUCAAUUGCAUUAGUUGAUAAUGCGACUCUCAUUAAUUCAACCACAAUGGUUUCACACAAUCAAAAUUCAUCAUCACAAUCAACUGAAUCAUCAGCAUCACCAAAACCAUCAUCAUCAUCAACCCCAACAGAAUCACCAUCAACAUCAACAACAACAACAACAACAUCAACAACUACUUUACCUCCUCCAUUGCCAACACCUUUGCCAUCUAAAGGUCACCCAAAGUUAUAUUCGGACUCACCGCAAUCUCUUUACAUGGUGAUGGAUAAUUUGUUGAAAUCGAAAGCUCCGUAUCUUGGCCGGACCAAAAGGAUGAAACGAAGUAGACCCAAUAUGAUACGAAGCGAUUCUUCAUCAGGAAAUCCUUUUUCUCUGAUUAAAUAUCUAUUGGCUAAUCACAUAACCUCACCGAGCGAUUAUCCUGCAAGCAACUCACUGGCUAAUCCUAAACCUGGACAAUUUGGAUCAAUCUAUUCAAGUAAUCUUGAAGAUUCACUUAAUAGAAAUGAUUUUUCUUCGGGUUCCAUGAUGAUGAACAGAAUUAAUUCUCGUUUUAAUCCGGAACAAUCAGUUUCAUUCUAUCCAUUGACAACAAGUGACAUUGAAGCUCUUGAAUUGACCGGUGAAGGUGAUGAUUCAUUUGAUUCUGGAUUUGGUGGUGGUGAUGAUGGUUGGUCUAAUCAAGGAACAAUUGAUUUAAUUAAUCAACUGGAAACCGAUGGUUCUAAUGGAAAUAAUAAUCCAAACAAUAAUGUUGAUAUUUACUCGAUGGAUCCUUUUAUACCUUUAAGGUCAUUCCGGUCAAUUCCAACUAGAUCACAAUCCGAACUGUUAAUGAGACCAAUUAUUGCAAUGAAACGGAAACGACGACAAAAUGGUUCAUAUUUAUUCAACAAUAAUGAUAAAUCACCCAAUUCAAUUAUCUUGGGUUCAUCUUUAUUUGGAGGUGAUAAUCGUUACCGAUCAAGAUUAAAUGCUAAUCAAUAUGAACAAUUGAUUAACAGGAUAAAUGAUAAUCCAAAUGCUUAAUUUGACUAAUUACUUUUGACCGAUGGGAAAAAGGAAUCAAGAAAAACGAUCAACACCAAUUUUCUAGUCAACAAUUUAUUAAUAAUUUAAUCGCAUAAUCAUGACAGGAAAAUGAAUACAAUUGAUUAUCAUCACCAAGUUGUAUUUUCUAUCUCAACACAAUUAGCGAUAGACCAAAUAAUCUGGUUAAUUGUAAUUCUAUUCUCUAUACUUGGUCGGUUGGAUUUACACAACAAUUGGAUGGAUUUAAUUAACAAUCAAUAAUCAUCAUCAUCAUCAUCUUAUAUUAAUGAUGACAUUUUAAUUUUAAUUGUCUUAUCACAUUAUUAAGAAAUUUGGUUCUCUCCCUUUCUAUUCAUAUAGUUAUCAACACAAUCAAAUUCAUUGAGAUUGAUUAACAAUAAUGAUUAGUCCUUAAUCAUUGAUUACAUAGUUGUUUUCAACACAAUACCAAACAAAAUUAACGAAUUGAAAAAGAAAAAUUCAAUUGUAAUAACAAUUUACAAUUAACAUGCAAACUUAAUUGCACUUUAAUUGAAUAAAAACACAAAACAAGUAAAUUAAAUCCGAUUACAAUAAUA